AUGCCUUCAUCAGAGAUGGUGAUUACGAUCCAGCCAAAUAGCCAAAAAUUCAAGGCGCAAGCUUCUGAUGCCGAGGGGACGAAUAAUGGAAAUGCAGAACACUUGGAUGGGGUAAGAAGAGUUGUUAUUCAACAGAGACUUUCGCUGAUUGAAGCUUUCACUGAUUUUGACAGACGAAAUAAGUAUGACAUGUGGGACGCGGACACGGGUGAAACCCUCUUCUUCGGCCAAGAAAACGAGAUCGGAGACGGUUGCCAAGGCUACUGUGUCCGUAACUGCUUCGCUGGCCACCGCGAAGCUGAAAUCCCACUUCAAAUGUCCAAUGUAGCGACUCAUGCGGCAUAUCCUGAUCAGACAAUCAACACCGAGUAUGGCGGGAAGGGGAAGUAUCAUCUUUCGAAAGCACGAGCUGUUGGACUAACACCUUGUCAAUGUGGGUGCUGCGCUCCUUGCAUGACAGCUUGCUUCGGUUGCUGCGGUCUUUGUUCGAGAGAAGCGUGUUGUGGACUUUGCUGGAUGGAAAAAGGACUUGCUCAUUUGUCAACGUAUUUCAAGGGGAGUGAAACGCACAAGAUUCAACAACGCGACGGCGGUUGCGGCAAAGCCAGCUUUUUCAUCACAGAUGAAGUUUCCAAACGAGUCGUUUUCGAAAUCGUCAAAGAAGAAUUUUGCACGUCGGCGAUUUGCUGCAAUGAUGUUCCCUAUCCAAUUUUUGACGCCAACGGACAGGAAGUAGGAAGCAUUACAAAGUAUUGGGCUGGAGGAAAGACUGGCUGCUCUGCUUGCUGGCAAGAAGCAAACAAUGCAUCUACCCACGUGAUCGCCUUCCCAGCAACUGCUUCUAAUACAGAAAAAUUGGCGAUCAUCGGACAAGCAAUUCUUAUCGAUUACACUUACUAUCAGCGAAAAGAUGACAAUAAUAACAACUAA